AUCUAAAAACGUUCGGCAGAUCGGCGUGUGCAUUACUUUUAUUUUAUAAUGAAGUAGUCGUGCUGACUAAUACUUGAAUUUAGUUGCAGUUAUUCUUAUGUUUUAGUUCAUACAGUUUUGUUUUAGCACAGUGCGUCAGUAUUUUUAUCGUUUCCCUUUCGAACAGUUAUUACGAAAAUAUCUGAAUAACCAUGAAACUUUGAUAGCGGUAAUCGAAGGACAUAAACACAAAAUUACUAUUCGAUACAAAAAGAUACAUUUUAGGAGCAAAGAUGGGAGCACGAUGGGACAAGUUUGUGCUCCUAAUGUGGAAAAAUUGGAUUCUGCAGCUGAGACAUCCUGUGCAAACCCUCUUUGAGAUUCUAGUGCCAGUGUUCUUCUGCUCAGUGCUAGUUUUAGUCCGGAGCCUGGUUGAUAGCACCAAAGAGAACCAAAUUGUAUAUAAAGAAUACAAACCAGAUUAUUGGCCUCUUUCAGAUAAUUAUGAUAUAUUAUAUUCACCAAACAUCACAGUGUAUAAUGAUAUCAUGGAGCUUGCAAAUUUUUCAUACAAAAAAUCCUUAGUUGGAUACCCUGAUCGGCAGAGCUUAGAUUUGCAACUGAAUAAUGCUAAUAAUAAAAUUGGCAUUGCUUUCCCAGAUGUUAAAAGUGUAGAUGCAGAAUUACCAAAAAAGAUUGAAUUUACCUUAAGAUUCCCAGCAGAGACUAAAUCUGUAAAUCCCAUUGUCAUAGAAAAUUGGAGGACGAAUUUGUUGUUUCCUGUUAUUCAGAUGGCUGGACCAAGAGAUUUAAAUUUUCCUCAUACUGCUAGACCUGAAUAUUAUUCUGAGGGUUUUUUGGCUAUUCAAAAUGAAGUAAAUCGGGCAAUAUUGGGAUACUUGGGCCAGGAUGUGGAUAGACAAACUUUAUAUAUGAGCAGAUUUCCGUAUCCGGAAUAUUACAGCGAUAUGUUGCUGUCAGUUCUUCAGAAGAUGAUUGGAUUGAUAAUUGUGUUGGCGUUUGUUUAUACGAGUAUAAGUACGAUAAAAGUAAUAACAGCAGAGAAGGAGAAGCAGUUAAAGGAAUCUAUGAAAAUUAUGGGAUUGCCCAAUUGGUUGCAUUGGACUGCUUGGUUUAUGAAAUCGCUAUCUUUUAUGUUAAUAUCGAUAGUUUUGAUGGUAUUUUUAUUGAAAGCGAAAUUUUGGUACUCCAACGACGUGGAAGCAGUGUUUCCCAAAAGUGAUGUCUUUCUAAUGUUCAUCUUCCUUUUGCUGUACUGCUGCUCCAUCAUAACAUUAUGCUUUUCUAUUAGCGUAUUUUUCACCAAAGCAAAUAUGGCCGCUGGUAUUGGUGGAGUCCUGUUUUUCCUUUUCCUAGUGCCUUUUUCACUCUUACAAAACCAUUAUGAGGAUUUAUCGCUCUCUGAAAAAUUAUUGGCAUCCUUAAUGUCUAAUAGCGCAAUGGCUUAUGGUUUCCAAAUAAUAUGCAUGUUUGAAAGUACUGAAGAAGGUCUCCAAUGGAACAAUAUCUGGAGUUCUGUAACACCUGACGAUACCUUGGUAAUGGGUCAUAUCUUCGUGAUGCUUAUCAUCGAUUCAAUUAUUUAUUUCCUGAUCGCUAUAUAUGUGGAAGCCGUAUUCCCCGGAAAGUACGGUGUCCCUAAGAAAUGGAACUUCAUAUUUACUUGUUUAAGUCGCGAUACUGCUAAAGUAGAAGUUGAAAAUGGCGAAAGUGUUGAACCGAAAUCAGACACAUAUGAACGAGAACCGAACAUGAAAGCUGGCAUUGAAAUAAAACAUUUAGGAAAAGUGUAUGCCAACAAGAAAGUGGCUGUUAAAGACUUGUCUCUGAAUAUGUUUGAAGAUCAAAUAACAGUAUUGCUGGGCCACAACGGCGCUGGUAAAACCACGACUAUGUCUAUGCUCACUGGCAUGUUUCCGCCAACAUCUGGAACUUCUAUUAUAAACGGAUACGAUAUCUGCAAGGAAAUAAACCAUGUUAGAUCUAGUCUAGGUUUAUGUCCUCAACACAAUAUCCUGUUUGAUGAAUUGACGGUAAGUGAACACAUCUAUUUCUACAGCAAAUUGAAGGGCAUGGACAAACGGGACGUGCAACGCGAAAUCGAUCAGUACGUUGCGUUGUUGGAACUGGAAGAUAAGAGGAACAAGAAGUCCUGCACAUUGUCUGGCGGAAUGAAGAGGAAGUUGUCAGUAGCUGUAGCGUUCUGCGGGAAUAGCAAGGUAGUUAUGUUGGAUGAGCCCACAGCUGGUAUGGACCCGGCAGCUAGACGAGCUCUUUGGGAAUUGGUCGAAUCCCAAAAGAAAGGACGCACUAUCAUGUUAACAACGCAUUUUAUGGAUGAAGCCGAUUUACUUGGUGACCGAAUUGCUAUUAUGGCCGGAGGACAGCUGCAGUGCUGCGGUUCCAGUUUCUUCUUGAAGAAGAAAUAUGGUGCUGGAUAUCAUUUAGUCAUGGAUAAAUCACCUAAUUGCGAUAUAAACGAUAUUACAAACGUUCUUAAAGCUCAUAUACCAAACAUCAAAAUAGAGAGCAACGUUGGUUCCGAGCUGACUUUCUUGUUGAACGAAGAGGACUCUUCAGUUUUCAAAGACAUGUUGAAGGACAUCGAACGAGAAUCAGAAUCAUUGGGAAUCAGGAGUUACGGCAUUUCACUGACCACCUUGGAAGAAGUCUUUAUGAAAGUUGGAACGGAUUUUGGACAUUCAACUCAGAGUUCGGAGACUAGAGUAGAGCAAACUCCUGAAAGCAGGAUCGAAUUGGACAGGCAAACCUCCGAGAUACAGCUGGAUAUUGGAAUGCGACCUAUAUUGAUGGGAUUUAACUUAUACUUGAAUCACUUUAAAGCGAUGUUUUUAAAGCGUUUCUUGAUUACUAUGAGGUCCUGGGCCUUCUUUGUAGUUCAAAUGUUGAUACCGAUUUUGCUGCUAACUUUUGCCAUAUUCUCUGGAAGAAAUUCUGGUGUCAAAGAUUUACCGGCUAUGAAAAUUUCAUUGGAUUCUUACAACAAACCAGUCACUGUGCUUGGUACCACGAAUGCUGAUAAUGAAUUGUAUAAUUACGCAAAGAAAUGGUUGAGCGAUGAGGGGAAGACUGUAUUGGAUAUAGGAAGUGACAAUAUGGUUAAAAAAAUGUUGGAAAUUACGAAGAAAGAUAAAGCAGCUGUUCGCAUGCAUUAUUUACUUGGAGCUGAAUUUCGAGAUGAUUCUUUCUGCGUGUAUUUUAAUAACGAUCCAUACCAUACACCACCGUUAGCUCUUCAAUUUGCGUGGAACAUGAUCUUGAAACAAAAUCACCCCGAUUAUGAAAUUACCGUGACCAAUGCUCCGAUGCCAUUCAAAGUCUCAUCACUUCUUCAAAUACUCCAACAGGGUAACAACAUGGGUUUCCAGUUGGCAGUGAAUAUUGGAUUCUGCAUGGCUUUCAUAUCGGCAUUCUAUAUUUUGUUUUAUAUUCGCGAAAGAAUUUGCAAGAUAAAACAUUUACAGAUAGUAUCCGGAGUAAACAUUCACAUUUUCUGGAUUGUCUCCUUCCUGUGGGAUUGUUUAACUUACAUAAUAACCGUGAUUUGUUUAAUUAUCACAUUAUUAUGCUUCCAAGAAGACGGAUUCAAGAGUUCGGGUGACAUCGGCAGGCUAAUAAUCAUUUUAACAUAUUUCGGAUUCGGAAUGUUACCGCUGAUCUAUUUGAUGUCUUUUAUCUUUAAAAUGCCCUCUUCUGGAUUCAUUAGGGUUAUACUGUUCACCAUGGUAUUAGGGACUUUUGCUUUUAUGGUCGUCGAGAUUCUAUCUGUCGAUGCAUUCGACCUUACACAUAUCGCAAAUAUUUUGGAUUGGAUAUUGCUAUUCGUGCCGCACUAUUCUUUGUCUACGGGAAUCCGAAACGUGAAUAUUGAAUAUAUGCGUUACACUAACUGCAAGAAAGUGGUUGAUGUAUGCGUAAAGAUGUCUGGGAAUAUCAACAGUGAAGAUAUAUGCUGGAGAUUGGUUUGCAUUGCACAAGAAAAGCAAUGCUGCAGAAAAACGGAAAAUUAUUACCAGUGGGAAAAGCCAGGGAUCUUGAGGAAUAUCAUAAUAUCAAUGGGUAUUGGUACUUUGAUGUUUGUUAUUUUGUUCCUAAAAGAGACUAGGGUGUUUACUAGGAUAAAGUAUGCUUUUAUGAAGAAAAAUAAGAAUGUGGAAACCCCAGAAUCAGAGUAUGACACUGACGUUUUCGCUGAAAAGACUAAGAUUGAGAUCAUGACAGACGAUGAAAUGCGAGAGCAAUCAUUGGUUUUGAGGGAUGUAACCAAAUAUUAUAAAGAUUUCCUGGCUGUUAAUGGUAUAUGCCUAGGCGUGAAUCGUUUUGAAUGCUUCGGAUUGCUAGGUGUAAAUGGAGCUGGAAAAACGAGUACAUUCAAAAUGAUCACCGGUGAUACAAGUAUAUCACACGGUGAUGUUUUCGUAAACGGUUUGGACCUGAAGAAGAACAUGAAGAAGGUCAACAAAGUUAUUGGCUAUUGUCCACAGUUUGAUGCACUAUUUGAUGACCUCACCGCCAAAGAGACUAUUACCAUGUUUUGCCUACUUCGUGGUUUCCCGAGAAAGGACUGUUCCUCCGUUGCUCUAAAGCUGUCGAAGGACUUUGACUUCACCGAUCAUUUAAAUAAGAAAGUAAGAGAACUUAGCGGUGGUAACAAACGGAAACUUAGUACCGCCUUAGCAAUCAUCGGUGAUCCUCCAAUUUUAUAUCUCGACGAACCAACAACAGGAAUGGAUCCUGCUACUAAAAGGUACCUGUGGGACACCUUGUGCAAACUUCGUGAUAGUGGAAAAUGCCUGAUAUUGACAUCGCACAGUAUGGAAGAAUGCGAGGCUCUUUGCACACGCCUGGCCAUCAUGGUUAAUGGACAGUUCAAGUGUCUUGGUUCCACUCAGCAUUUGAAAAACAAAUUUUCUCAGGGCUUUACGUUGAUCUUGAAGUUGAGAAAGCCGGGAUCCGCGGCCGCUGUUCGAUCAACUAUAAGUAAUACUAAUAUCGAGGAGUUCAUCACCGAAAAAUUCCCUGGAUCAGUUAUACGGGAACAUCACCAAGAGCUUAUUACUUUCUACAUCCCAAGCACUAAGUUGCCCUGGUCGGAGAUGUUCGGCAUCAUGGAAAGUGCCAAAAUCGAGCUGAACAUUGAAGAUUAUUCAAUAGGCCAAACUAGUCUGGAACAGGUGUUCCUUCAAUUUACCAAAAUGCAAAAUUAACGAUACCAUUAACUAAUCAAACCAAAAGAAAAUAGUUAAUUAGAUAAUUUAAUAAAGACAUAU